UGAAACUAAAAAAAGUAACACCAAAAAACGUCAAAAUUUUAUCCUUUGAAAUUAAUUUUUAAAACCCAGACUUUAAAUAAGGUAACGAUAAUAAUUAAGAAAGCCUUUGUGGUUGCUUUCUAAGCGUUAAAUUUUCGAAAUCUGGAUAUUUUUUACCACGAAGAUCGAUAAGGUUAAUUGAACCACAUCUGGGUGAAGAAGAGAGGUUUGUGGUGAAAAAAUAUGCCGCUUAAUGUCAAGCAGAUAUCUUAUUCUGAGAAAUAUUUUGAUGAUAAGUACGAAUACAGGCAUGUGAUGUUACCCAGAGACCUAGCGCACCUCGUACCCAAUACCCACCUAAUGACUGAAAGUGAAUGGAGGAAUUUAGGAGUGCAACAGUCUCCAGGAUGGAUACAUUAUUUGAUACAUGAACCAGAACCCCACAUACUACUCUUCCGAAGACCUCGUCAAACUACCACAGCUUGAUGUUGUCUUGUCGCAAUUCCUAGUAAUACUAUAAAGCUUUGAAACAUUUGUACUAUUUUUAUGCUAUUUUAUAAAGCAUCGAGUGUUUUAAGAAGUUUUAAAGAAAAUUGUCUAUGCAUAAUAUUUAUAUGUACAAAAUUCAGAGAGAAAUAAAUGAUAUUUAGAGUUUUCUAA